GCAACAAGGAACAUCCCGAACCAUGAGUAGUAUCCCAAUUCUUCCCAUCCUCUUCUUCUUACUUCUUUCCUUCCCCGCGAAACUACUGUCCUUAAGAGCUGCGAGUUCGGAUCCAGUGCUUGACACUUCAGGCAAAGAGCUCCAACCCGGUGUCCAAUACCAAAUUCUUCCGGCUACCGGAGGCUCUUUUACUCUCGCCGGCUAUCAGAACGACACCUGUCCCCUUGUGGUCGUCCAUGCCCAGUCACAGAAAGCUGAUUCCCUCAAGUUCCCGCCGGUAACAUUCUUGCCGGCUGAUCCGAGCGCCCAUGUGGUUCAAACCUCCACGAACGUGAACGUAAAGUUCUCUACGACGUCGUCGAAACCCUGUGGGAGCUCAAUGGUGUGGAGGCUGCUGAAAAGGAUAACGGAAGCCAGAUUUAUUAGCACAGACGGCGUUGAAGGAAAUCCUAACGUAAACACCUUCGUGAACUGGUUCAAGAUCGAGAAAUUAUCUUCCGACGGUAAAAGCGGCGGCGCCUAUAAGCUCAGGUUUUGCCCAACGGAAGUCUGCAAAUGCUCCGUCACGUGCAGCGAUCUUGGCAUUUUUGUUGCAGAUGACAAGAAACGGUAUCUGGGUCUGGCCGACAAGGUCGAACCGAUCAGCGUUGUGUUUAAGAGGGCGAGCUAAUUCAUACUUAUAACUAGUGAUAAAUAAUGUUGGUGAUCACUUAAUUAAACCUUGUUUAGCAGCGGUUUAUGUCGUCUGAGAAUUUAUAAAUUUUAAUAUAAUGAUGUAGUAUAA